AUGGAGAAGACGAUUAGAUUAACUGUUGAUUUCCAUAAUCCUCUGCAUCUUGCUAUGUUCGUGUUAUCUGUAGGGGCGUUGGUGGUACCGUUGACAAUGUUAUGCUAUGUGGGGUUGCAAGCAGUAUUGGGCCAAGCUUAUAAUACUUUUGACCAAAACCCACAAUUUCCAGUGGACCAAGAACAUUUUUCUCAGUCUUCUAAUAAUGCUUACAGCUCUGAAAUUUAUUCUGUUGGUCACCACCAAGUGUUACUGAACCAUCGCAAGGUUUACAACCAAUUUGCCGCUUCUCUUUUCCAAAAUCUUCACGAGGGAAUUUGCAAUCCUGAUAACUCUACUGCAUCUCAAUUGACCAGGGACAAGAAUGUGAUCCCUGUGCAUUCUCAUAAUGAUUAUUGGAGAACUUUGCCGGUAUUUGAUGCUUUUUCAAACGGGAUGAACUCCAUUGAAGCAGACAUUUGGUUGAAGAAUGAUCCCACUAAUGACGGCGCGAUGACAUUACUUGUGGGUCAUAAUGAGCCUUAUUUGCAACCCCAACAUUCGGUGGAGAAUUUGUAUUUGAAGAUGCUCAAUAAUCUUUUGGAUGAGGUGAAUUGUGUUGGGGAAAUUCCUCUGAGUGAUUUUCGAAAGAAUGGAUUCUUCUAUAAUGAUCCUCAUACAACCACUUACCUUUACAUCGAUAUUAAAACUGAAAGUACCGAAACUUACAAGGUAUUUAUAAGGACAGUUGUGGAAAAUACCACUUUGAUCAAAAAUGGAUACCUAACCUAUUUUGAUUUCUCUAAGAAAGAAUUGGUGUGGGGUCCUUUGACCUUGGUGAUCACUGGUAAUGUGCCAACAGAGUUUAUUUUCAAGGAAGAAAUUGAUGAUCCUUUCAACCUUAACAAAAGAAUUUCUUUUGUGGAUGCACAAUUGAUCAAUUUGGACAAUAUAAAGAGCAAUAACGACUCAAUUUCCGUCAUUGGAUCGGGGUCAUUGAAUGAAAUCGUCGGUACAACCGGCAUUAAAUCAUUUGGAGGGCUUAAUGAGGAGGAGUUGAGUACAAUGAAAAAAGUAGUUGAAGAGGCACAUAAUUUAAAUAUUAAGGUGAGAAUUUGGGAUACUCCAAACUGGCCUGUUCAAAUAAGAGAUAUGGUUUGGAAACAAUUGUUAGAGUUAAAUGUUGAUUAUUUGAACGUUGAUGAUUUACUGGAUGCGAGAAAGUUUUGA